AUGAAUUUGAUAUAUAACAGGUACAAUUCUCAGUUAGUGGAUAAGAACUGUGCUUUUGAAAUUGAAAAUGAAGUCGAGUUAUUUGAUACUGGCGAUCCAAAUGGGAUGGAUGUGAGACUUUCAGCAAUACAAGAAUUAAACACACUUAUGAAAAGUUUUAUAGCAAAACAUACACUGAAACAUAAUCAAGAAGCAACUUGCAAAAACUCCAAAAGAAUAUUGUUAGCUAAAUCUCAAAAUGUAGAAAAUUUUUCAGAUAUUUCUUGUGAUUCUGAUUCUGACUCAAAUUAUAAUGAUAAUG